UCACUAAUUUCAAGUAGAAAUAUCACCAUUAAGUGAAGUCCAAAAUGGCGACAAAACUAUUUCUUUUUGUAGGCUAUUUUGCGCUGAUUGGCUGUUUUAAAACGCCAUCAACGUCAGAUAUUUCUGAAACAGUUAAUAAAUUGUUCGAAACAAUACGAGGAAUGCAAGCGACAAAGACCAUGCUGCCAGAUCCGCCAUUAGAAUGGGCAAAAUUCAAAGGAAAUUAUGAAAGUGAUGUCAAGCUAUAUUUCCAUGGUAACUCGACAAUGAGUGCCUUACGUUAUAUGUUUAAAGUGUAUGACAAUAACAUGUUUGCUACGGCAUGGAUAACGUCAUGUUUAGUUGAGGCCUAUCGGUAUGGAAACGCACCAAAACCAACAGAAGACCAAAUAACCAUGUCGGUUGAUGCCAUUAUGGAUCAUAGAAAUAAGAAUUUAAAAUAUGAGAAUUCGAUCAUGGCGUUUUGGCCUCAAAUUUUGGAUGAAGAAUUUAAGGUUUAUCAAAGUACCCCUGUUAAUCUUUUAGCUAUGUUUAAUUUGACGCAGACUACAAAUUGGACUGUAGUUUAUGAACUGUUUGAUAAAAUUGGACUGCAUGAUGUUACAGAGAUUAUGAAACAUCUUCUGGCAACAAGAGAAGGAUAUCAACACGUGUUUAAAAUCCCACCAGACUUCGAUGACACAUCUGUUAAUUUAGGUCUAGGAUCACUCCUGAGAGACAAUGUCAUGCAUUUCCCGUACGCAAGCGCAGCUUGGGAAGGACAAAACAGUAACUUGUCGUCUGUGUUUAAUGCCAUGAAACACUACGCUUACCGACCGUUGUCAGGAGACAGACGUGUUAAUACCAUAGAUACCAGAACAUACUUUUACAUGAGAAAUUUUUUAGAAAAAGCUGCUUCAGAAAAGAAAGAUGUUUCCUUGGUAACUACUUGGGUGCAAGAUCUUGUUGAUGUUAAAACCCAGUAUUUCCAAGGUAUCGAUACUCCUGGUAAUGUUAAUAACGUUGAUAUAACAGUGUGUGCCAAUGCUCUUUUCGGAAUCACUAAUGCAAUAUUAUCUGGUUUGGUGACGUCAGAGGUACUUUAUGAUCCAGUAUUACAGCAACUUUAUUUAAAUACGUCAACCAUGAUUGAGUUUCAGAUCCAAACGAACUUUUCAGGUAGACCAGAUCUCGCGCUAACAUAUUAUCCGUCUGUGUUCGAGUUCUACUGGUUCGUGGCGCGAACAUACACGCAAUUAGAACGAAAGGCAAGGAUAGGAGAACUGCCACAUGAGGCAAUGAGAACCGUAAUGGAAGGUCUUGGUAGUGCACUUAAAGGCAAUAUGACACAACAUGUCAUUUCUCAAUCCAAAAUGGAGGGCAACGAUAUGAUUUAUUAUGAUGAUUUCCUUGGUGAUGGUGAUAUCGAUAAUAACAAAAAACCUGUGGAAUUUGGAGAAGAUCGUCUGUGGACUACGUCAAUGGCUAUAAAUGCCCUCAUUACAACAUGGACAGUUUAUAAUGACGCCACACAAAAACUUUACUGGUAUGAAGAUACUCCAACAGAAGUCAAAACGACAGUGCAGAAAGCGACGACUUGGUUAAACACGUACAUUUUGAGCGGGAAAUAUCAGCCUUGGAAUGCGUUCUUCUCGGGAUCAUUCAAAGGCUUUGGUACAUCCUGGUCUUCUUAUCCAGCUAACAGGGACGAAUAUUUUAAUGGGACGAAAGUGCCUCAGGAUGGUAAACACCAUUACGGAGAGAUCAUUCGUGGUAUGGAGGGUGUAAUGGAGGAGGACUGGUACCAACAACAAAUCAAAUUAGAUCACGCCCCAGUUGAUUUCCAUGGUUACAACAAACAAUCCGAUUUCUUUCCGUUUUGGAAUUCUGAACCAUACACUUACGUCACCUCACUGUUAGCGUUGUCAACAUUCACAAAUAUAGAAUAAACUUGUCCUACAGAA